ACAGAAACAACUUACCUCCAACCCGUUUCAUUGGUUAAACCUUCCCUGUGGCAGGGGUCUCGGUUUUUACCAUCAAGGCUGAGGCUUGGCAACACUAGGAACUGACACCAAUUGUGGAAACAACGGCAACUGCAGUCUCCGAUAAGGCCACAAUCUUUCGAUUGCACUUUUCAGGAGUCUACAAAAGCGUCCAACACUGCUCAGCUCGAGGGAACUCAGAAAAGCUGCAGCUUGGAGGACAUCUCAAGAUGGAGGGCCUCAAGAACACCCUGGAGUACCUGCUUACGCCGUCGGCGCCCAUCUUCAUCGUUGGCGCCUUGAUCGUGCUACUGGUCCCAAUCCUAGUGCACUUCUUCGUGGUUCGAACAACACCUUACACCACUCUGCCAACGAUCCUUCUAGUCGGACCAUCUGGUGCAGGCAAGACCUCCCUCCUCACCCUGGUCGAGCGCGGCGACAAAACAGUACCUACACACACAUCGCAAACCCCGCAGCCCGUCGAGUUAACCGUCUCCGCCGGUGGCGCCGUUCAAUCGUUCCGCGAAACCGCAAAGGAGGAUGCGCCGGGCAUGCACAAGAAAUUUCUCCUCAUGGACACCCCUGGACAUGGCAAGCUGCGCAAAUUUGCCAUGGAUCGGGUCAACACGCAGGAUAGCCUGAAGGGCAUUAUGUUUGUGCUCGAUGCCGCGGCGCUGGACGAGAACUUGCCCGCGACUGGCAGCUAUCUCUACGACGUGUUGCUGGCAUUGCAGAAGCGCAUGGGCGCGGGCAAGACAUCGCGCGGCCCAUCGUCAAUACACGUGUUGAUCGCUGCGAACAAGUCGGACUUGUUCACCGCACUGCCCGUGUCGCUGGUCAAGAGCAACCUGGAGGCGGAGCUCGGUCGGAUACGGAAGAGCAAGAGCAAGGGGCUAUUGGACUCGGGCGUGGGUGCCGACGAUGUUGGGAAUGAAGAGAGCGACAAUUGGCUGGGCACAUACGGGGCUGAGAAGUUCUCUUUUAGCCAGAUGAGGGAGUUUGACCUCGAGGUUGACAUAGUCGGCGGGAGCGUGCUUGAGGGCAAGGUGGAUAAGUGGUGGAAGUGGAUCUCUGCACGUGUAUAAAGCAACUACCAUAAAGUACUUAAUGGUGCACUCGAGUAAUUAUAAACAAACUGUCAGCCACGGACUUCAC